CGGUGCGCGACUGAAACUGCGUGUCCGCAGCUAAGAGCGGCUACAACCAAGCCCCCAAAAUAGAGACGAGGGUUUAUUAUCCAACACAACACAUUUAGCCAAGGAAAUCACGUUCUGGAUGCACAGGAUGUUUGCUACUGCAGGAAGAAUUAUGCUUUCAUUAAACUAAUCUCCAAAAGGCGCCCGAGGCUGCAGCGAACACUGACCCAAGUGGUGCACUUUACGCCGCGGUAAGAAACUCCGCAAAACAACAGGCCCCCAAAGGCCUGGAGGGCGACAACCGUGCAUUUCUUAAACAGGAUUUUUACUUUCCUGAUCCAGUGGAAAUUUGACGGACUUUGCCCAAGUCUGGCCCUCUCUCAAAACUUGGGUGCGUGAGUCGACCAUCAGACGGAGUGGAUUUAAAUCGUUAUAGCCUACUGAGGAGAGAAGGCAAAGGAGGGAGAAAUCUUUGCAUCUCUUUCGAUAUCAAGAAUUGUUUGCAGCGGCCGAACGCUAUUGAGGUGACGGGAGGACAAGACAGGUUUGUGUCUCUGACAUCACAAGUUUCUUGUUUCACCCUCCCCUGCUUCGUGAUAUUAAGGCGUUCAUUUGACCCGGCACAAGUUGUCAACAAGAGGGACCGAGAGGCGGACUGGCAGGUGUACAAGUUCAUUUACAUGCACGAAACUGCGCGAGCUCAGCGCCGCUAUAAAUAGAAGCUGUUUUAAGGACUAAAUACACCCUCUCUCAGGCGCGUGCAUAUGUAUUAAAGCCAUCUGUAUAAAUUACCCUUGGAGACAUUCAGUCGGUCACCUACGUCGGAGGCUGUGAGAGCAAAGUGCCAGUAAAAAAAAAAAAAACGCGCGCGUUUCGCAUGGACUGACAUGGCCACCGAUCUCGCCAUGAGCGCGGAGCUACCAAACAGUCCCCUGGCUAUCGAGUAUGUCAACGAUUUCGACCUGAUGAAGUUCGAGGUGAAGAAGGAGCCGCCCGAAGCCGAGCGCUACUGCCACCGCCUCCCGCCGGGCUCACUGUCCUCUACCCCCCUGAGCACGCCGUGUUCCUCCGUGCCCUCCUCCCCCAGCUUUGGCGCACCUAGCCCUGGUGCGCCUCCGGGACACAACUUGGCUAACGGUGUCAACAACAACAACAACAGCAACAACAACAAUCCGACCGCCGGCGGGAAAGGGCAGCUGGAAGAUCUUUAUUGGAUUCCCAAUUACCAGCAUCAUAUCAACCCCGAAGCCUUGAAUCUCACGCCGGAGGACGCGGUGGAGGCGCUGAUUGGAAAUGCGCAUCACCAUCACCAUCACCACGCACCAUAUGAGGGCUUCCGCGGGCCACAGUACGCUGGGGAGGAUCUCUCCGCCACCGCAAACGGCCACCACCACCCGGCCCAUCACCAUCACCACCACCACAGCCACCACUCUCACGCGCGCCUGGAGGACCGCUUUUCCGACGAGCAGCUGGUCAGCAUGACUGUACGCGAGCUCAACAGACAGCUGCGGGGAUUCAGCAAGGAGGAGGUGAUUCGCCUCAAGCAGAAGCGGCGGACCUUGAAGAACCGGGGCUACGCACAAUCAUGCCGGUUCAAACGCGUGCAACAGCGGCACAUGUUGGAGAGCGAGAAGUGCACACUCCAGAAUCAGGUGGAGCAGCUCAAACAAGAGGUCGCGCGCCUUGUCAAAGAACGGGACCUGUACAAGGAAAAGUACGAGAAGCUCGCGAGCCGAACCUUCAGCGGCAACGGUAACAGAGAGGCGUCAAACGGAAGUCAUGGGAAAGGAUCCAAUGAGUUUUUCAUGUCUUAGACUCUCCCCACUGACUAUCUUAUUUAUUUUUAACCAUACUUUGUAUUUUUUUCUGUGUGAAGUUUUGUUUACAGUUCACGAAAUUGACGCACACAGAAGUGACAUUAGAAAUAGGUCUCUACAGGUGUGUUCCCUGCCUGUGUGUAUAGGCCUAUACAAUAUUCUUUAGUCUUAAUCACAGUUUAUUUCUGUACAGUAGAGAGAAGUAGGCUAUGCAUUAGGCCUAUGCGAUCUCUGUCGUAAGGGAUCCAAAAUCACCUGCUGUCCUAUAGAGAAAUUAUUUUCGUCUUUGAUUCGACUAACACAUUUGAAGUCUUACUAGCGCAUUGAUCCUGAUAGAACAGUGAUUUAUAAGCGUUUAGCGUUUCUAAAUCUGAGACUCGCUUAUUCACGACCACCUGUUGUGGGGUCAUUGCACCAGUCUUAAAGGGAAGGGGACUUCACUGGAAUUGAUACCGUGGCUUUACCUAGGCCUGCUCUUCGGACAUAAAGUGAACAAGGGACAAAUCACAAGUCCUCUUCACGGCUUAGGCCUGGGAAUGGAAGAACGGAGAAGUACAGAUACGGAACAAAAAAAAGAGUAUCGUGCUAUGUCCAUGUUAUACACACCCUGCAUGCAGGGCAUGUAUGGUUGCCUAUCUGCUGUAGGCCUACCGCCGUCCUUUUAGUGCCACUCGCUUAAUUGAAGCAUGAAUCCCCUUCCCCUCACCCCCACCUCUCUCUCAUCUUCAGCGUUAUAGGCUAUUACAGCGGUCCAGUUGAAGCAUUAGAGCAUCUCUCUCUACAGAACUGCAUCCUUGCCGCCGAGCCUGCAAGGCAAACUCCCCUCCUCUCAGGACGCAGAAACAUCUUCACUAGUCGCUAUGUGCAUUCAACUAUUUUCUUUCUUGUUUCAAAGAACGUGUUUAAAAAUGCAUAAACUGAGCCACCUUUGAGAGAUUAUUUAUUCCCACGUGUACAUAAUGUAGAGAAAAGUUAGCUUGUUAGCUGCCUUUUUGAUGACAUUUUGCUUGAUAACUUAAAACGUCUUAACAUGUUUGUAUGUAAAAGCAUGCAAAUAACUCAAAUCAUGUACAAUAUUAUUCUCCUAUGGACUAUGUAAAAAAUUCAAAGGGGAUAAUAUGACUGCACUAGUAAAGAAAAGAAAACAACAUUUAGAAUUAACGAUUUGGAGAUGAAAAUCGCACUAAUUUAAUCAGAAGGAGUUCAACAAUUUACUUCAACAGAAGAUGAUUUGGUCGACAUUGAAACAUGCACUGAAAUAUUUUUUCCUGAUAUAUUUUUUUUUUGAAUAAGCUUAUUUCCUUCAUAUUGUGCAGUCACGUACUCAGAUGUCCACCUUUGAAAUCGGCCAUAAAUCAUUGGCAGUUAACAGGUGAUCAUCAGCAACAUUUUACCUUCAUGUGUAUGCAGUUCACUGAUUCUACAUUUGAUUGUGGAAUGGUGCUCUAAACGAAAAUGUUAUGGACAUGAAACACUGAACUGAAAGAGUAGAGACUGUAUUUAAUGGUGAGCUGCGCGUCAAACGACGCAGAAACAACGCAAUCAUUCGCCUGGAUGCGCCCAGUUUUGUCUUUCAUUUAAAGGGGAUCUUUCUUCUCUAAAUGUUUAACUCCCAAUCAUCUGUAUUUAUGUUGACAAUCCUUUGCAUUAAGAAUGCGUCCAACUUUCAUGGUGUAUUGCAUUGCUUAAUAUAAACAAACCAUCGAUUUUGUCAGCAACUAAGUAAGCUAUGGUAAUUAGGCUAGGUAUCAAAUAAACAUUCCCCAUUUUUUUUAUUUAUUGAAGCAGUAUAUCAUACACUGGUCCAAAUCUCUUGCGCGCCUGAUGUUACGUAAAGCUCUACUUAUUUAACUGGGCACACACAUUUAAUUUUUACAGCUUUUGGAUUAAUGCGGGUUUCACUUAGUUAACAUUACUUUGAUGGUUGAUGGUUUGUUUAUGCGAAAUAAUGCAAUGCACAUGUUUAGUUGCUGCAUGCUGAUUGUAAAGUGUUCUUUCUUCAUUUCUUUCUUUCUUUCUUUCUUUUUUUCUUUCUUUUGCUCUUUUUUGUUUUUACCUAUCUCCCGUAUACAGGCAAUAUAUCUUUCCUCUUUGGAUGAAAGACGCAUGAGGCCCGUCCGCCUCUGAGGCGCAGUGCCAGAUGUAAAAAUGUGUAAAUAUGAUUUCUAUAUAUAUUUAUUGACGAAACAUUGAAAUGUCCUUACAUGUCGAUAAGUUCAAACCAAAAUGUUUCAAAAUGGAAUGUUGUUUUCAUAAUGUUUAAUAAAAAUUUCUGUCAAAA